AUGGAGGAAAAAACCAAGACAAUAGAUAUACAAGAGAAUUAUUAAAAAUAAGAUUUAAAACAGAGCUAUCAGAGACCUCAUAAAAUAAUAAUUGACUGCGAUCCUGGAGCUGAUGAUGCCCAUGCAAUUAUACUAGCACAUUAUCUUGCAAAAGUGCAUUAAGUCGAGAUAUUAGGCAUCACAACUGUAGGAUGCAAUCAUAAUGUAGACCAAGUUACUAAAAACACUUAAAUUAUUCUUGAAGCAUUACAUGAUCACAACAUCAAAAUAUUCAAAGGAUAUCAGAAAGAUGACUUUCAGCAUACUGAUUUCUAUUACGGACCUGAUGGUUUUGGUGGACACGCUCAUGAGUAUGAGGAGAAUCUUGGACCUAUCAAAGACUAACAUCUAGGCUAGGAGAAUGCUAUCUAAUUUGUUAUUAAGGCAGUCAAUCAAUAUCCAAAAGAAAUCACACUUAUCUCAAUUGGAGCACUUACUAACAUCAUUAAGAUACACCAGGAGUAUCCAGAGCUACCAGAUAUGCUAAGAGAUGUAGUUUUAAUGGGAGGUAAUCAUAAGGGCUAAGGUAAUAGUCCGAAUUGGUGCUCAGAAUUCAAUUUUUUCUAAGAUUCGACAGCAGCAAGAUAGUUUUUCGAAAUAUUCAAGAAUAUAACAAUGAUAAGUUUCGAGCUUUGUCAUGAUUUUUAUCCUAGUUUAUCCGUUGAGCAAUAAAGUCAAAUAUUUGAUCAAGACACUCUGCUUGCUAAAAUGGUUAAGAAUGCUUAUAGAAACUCUUAUUAGAUUGAAGGUGGAUUCUAUGCAAUCUAUGAUUAAUUAGCAGUGGCAUGUGUUCUAGAGCCUGAAAUAGUUUUGAAAACUGAAUAUAAGCAGGUUUAAGUGCUUGAUGAAAGUGAAAAUACCAGAGGAGCUGUUAUUAUCAACUGGCUUGACUAGCUUGUCACUCCAGAAACUAAGAAAGUUAGAAUCAUCACAGAAAUCGAUUACUCUCUAUUGGUAGAACUUCUAGAGGACUGUCUGUAGCCAGAUCAUGAAAUUUAUCACAGGAAGCAAAUUUAAAAAGCACAAAAUCAGACAGCACUUCAAACUUAUCUUUAAGCACUAGGAAUACCUAAAUUUAUCAAACUAAGACCAAACUUUGAAACUUUGUGCUUAGUAGUUAACAAGCAUGCCACUAAUAUUUAAUACUAGAACCUCCAUUAUCAUUUAUGGGAAAGAAAGCCGCUUUCAUUUGAAUUCAAAGACAUGGUUGAUAGAAUGGUUGUCUAAAAACUUGGUGGCCUCUGCUAUGAGCAUUGCUAAUUGACUUAUCAUGUGUUGAAGGCUCUAGGAUUUGAUACCAGAUUUAUAUUAGUGCAAAAUUUAAAGAAUACUGAGCUUAGAUUUGAUACAAAUGUCUACUUUGAGCAUAGCAUAUAGAUAGUAAACAUUGAAGGUCAGCUUUACUUAGUAGAUAAUGGAUUUGGAGCAGUUAGUCCAAGAUAACCACUUCCUUUUUACCCAUCUCAAAAGGUUUAAUUCUAUGAUUUUUCUGAGAGAGAUAAAUUCUAGAUUUUUAACAAUGAAGAUCACUUUGAGGUACAGUAUUUUGAAAAUGAUCACUGGAGAAGGGGAUUCGGAUUUGAAUAUCCUAUGAAGUAUCUGAAAGCUAAUGGUAUGCAGCAAAGAUAUGAAGAUCACAUAUUUAGGAAAAAAAUAUCGAAUAAUAGAGAUAGAUACCUACUUUAUGGAAAAGUGAGCCUUACUGAAAGAGUUGAAGUAUUUUAUAUGAGAAGAGAGGAUAAGUUUAAUGCAUUCCUUAGAAUUUUUAGAGAUAAUGGAUAUGAUAAAGUGUUUUUUAAGGAUUAUGAGGAAUUAAGAGAUUUUAUAAAUAAGGAGUUUGCUAUUGGACUGCCACCAAGAGAAGAAAUUAGAGAUAAUUCAGAUACUUUUGAAGAGUGA